AUGGGCUGUGUUUCUGCGUUGUUCUCAGUGUCCUACUAUACAGCCAGGAAUACAGGUUGCAUACAGCAGUGCUCUCUGGAUUAGCUCCUGCAGAACUCCAGGUACCACGGAGGGAAUGUGGUGUGUCCUGAGAUAUCCCUGUCUGUUUCUGAUGCCUUGCUUUUUGAUCCUUCUUUGUCCUCAGCUUAAGGAAUAUUUUCUUAUACCGAUGUACAGCACUCUGUGUUGAAACCCUGUAAUGAGCACCUGUUAUACUGUGGGGUUUUUACAGCCUGCAUGAGAAGACACAGAAAAAACAAGUGUGAAGAGAGUUGUGUGGACCUCGCAGUAGAGUUUGGGUUAGCAAACUUAUGGAUACUCUGCUCUGUUCAUUCUUUGGACUGUCCUAGAAGUAAUGUAUUUGUGAGUUUGCAAUUUCUAAUGUGCUUAGAGAAACUGAGUUUUUUCUCUUCACCCUCCUCCAUGUCCUGAGAAAGUUUUUGUCAUUUUUGUGAGUAAAAAUCUGGGAGGCAGAUUUUUUUGGGAGUUGUUGAGGGAGAGGUGAGCAAGGCUGUCAGGACAGAAACAUGAGUGAUGCAUAGGCUUCUCUUGGCUGAGCUAUAGAACAGUGGCUUGGGCCCAGCUGCAUCUGAGAGCAGGUGUACUGCUCUGGUGCAAGGGUUGCACACAACUGAAACGUGUCAGUGACCAUUUAGAUUUUGUAUCUAAAAGGUUCCUAAAAUAACAACGCUUCUUUUAAGAUAGGUACUAAGAUAAAAUCCAGCCACCAGAAGCAGCAAACAGCUCCUGGGAGUCUCAGAAUGGAAGAACUCUCAUUAGCCUACUUGGAGCAAGGGGGUGUGUGCAUUAGCAUGCCUUGUAAUUUCAUGGCUGCUCUUCCUGGAAGGAAGUGGUGGUUGUGUUUCAUGGAGCAGAAGUGUAAGAUGAAAUACUGCACUCUGCCGAUAAGGCUGAAUGACCUGAGACAUAUCCACAGGGAAUAUGAGGAUGGGAGGAGGGGACAGCAGUUUCUGAUGAAUCUUAUUGCCACCCUGAACUGACUUUGCUUUGAAGUGUGGUCUUUGUUUUCAGCACAGUACUGAGCAGAGACUUGUUAAGUAGCAUGCAAAAAAUAAAAUUAGGGUUCCCACGAGCAUUCAGAUAAGCAAGAGACUUCCACCUCACUGUGGCUGUCUUGAAUUUAUUAAAAAUCCAGUAUGACAACCUUACUACCUUGUGCUGUUCUCCACAGCUCACCAGUUCUGUUGCAAAUGCUUUCCUAAAAUAAUUAGGGGAGCAGAAAGUGGAAGUCCCUGAAUAAAUGCUGUGAUAAAAUGCAAGUGUGUUUAAUAAUGAUCUAUUUGCUCUUUCCUUUAGGUACAAUGGCUACAGUAGCCCAGAAGCACUUUUUGGAGGGGCAGACAUACUCAGUCCCCCUAAUCCAACCGGACUUACGCAGGGAGGAGGCUGUUCAGCAGGUGGCAGAUGCACUUCAGUACCUGCAAAAGGUGUCUGGUGAUAUAUUCAACAGGAUCUCUCAGCGGGUGGAGGCCAGCCGGGCACAGCUUCAGGCAAUUGGUGAGAGAGUCACACUCGCCCAAGCGAAGAUUGAGAAGAUAAAGGGCAGCAAGAAGGCUAUUAAGGUAUUUUCCAGUGCCAAGUACCCAGCCCCUGAACGGCUGCAGGAGUACAGCUCAAUUUUUGCUGGUGCAGAAGACCCAGCUAAACAGAAAGGGCCAAGACACAAGAUUCAGAGCAAACAUCGAAUGCUGGAUGAGAAGGCUCUGCAGGAAAAGCUCAAGUAUUUCCCCGUGUGCAUGAGCACCAAAAUUCACCAGGAGGAUGAUGCAGAAGAAGGCCUUGGCAGCCUUCCCAGGAACAUCAGCUCCCUCAGCUCCCUGCUACUCUUCAAUACCACCGAGAACCUGUACAAGAAGUAUGUUUUCCUGGAUCCUCUGGCUGGAGCAGUGACCAAGACCCAUGUGGCUCUGGAAACAGAGACAGAAGAGAAGCUCUUUGAUGCUCCUCUCUCCAUCACCAAAAGGGGACAGCUGGACCGACAGGUAGCUGAAAAUUACUUCUACGUGCCAGAUCUGGGCCAGGUCCCUGAGAUUGAUGUGCCAUCCUACCUGCCAGACCUGCCUGGCAUCGCUGCUGAUCUCAUGUACAGCGCUGACCUGGGCCCCGGCAUCGCACCGUCUGCCCCCAGCAGUGCUAUUCCAGAGCUGCCCACCUUCAACACUGAGUUGGCGGAGCCUUUGCAACCAGAUCUUCAAGAUGCUGAACUAUUGCCACCUCCUCCCCCUCCGCCCCCACCACCGCCUCCUGUUGUGCCAACCACUGUGCCUCCGCCGCCGCCCCUGCCCCAGCCCACGGCCCCCUCGGAGCCGGCACGGACAGUGAGUGAGGAGAGCAGCAACACAGUGCCUGCAGCUUCUGUCCAGGGAGCCCCAAAGGAGGUGGUGAACCCCUCUACUGGGCGUGCCAGUCUCCUGGAGUCCAUCCGCCAGGCCGGUGGCAUUGGGAAGGCCAACCUCCGCAGUGUCAAGGAGAGGAAGCUGGAGAAAAAGAAACAGAAGGAACAGGAACAAGUGAGAGCUACAGGACAAGGUGGAGAUUUGAUGUCAGACCUCUUCAACAAACUGGUGCUGAGGCGCAAAGGUAUUUCAGGGAAAGGGCCAGGAGCCUCUGGGAAUGCCGAUGCUCCAGGCAGUCCUGCUGGUGCCUUUGCUCGCAUGUCGGACUCAAUACCACCCCUCCCACCCCCACAGCAGCCUGUGGGUGAGGACGAUGAGGAUGACUGGGAGUCAUAGAUGGGGUCAGUUGAGCAUUAGUGUCAAUCUGCUGCUGUCUGAAAAAUUUCAAUAAAGUUGAAGGAAGCAGGUCCUUCCGCCUUCA